AUGUGCCAGUUCUGUGGAUCUCGGAAUUUUCUAGCAGAGCGUCCAUCCGAUUUUAAAUUCACAAGCUGCUGCCGCAAAGGCAAACUUCAGUUGCCAAAACCACAAGACAUAAAUGGAGUGCAUUUACACUAUCCACAGUUUCUAUGCAACUUACUAUCGGACACAACUGACCCCAACCACAAUCAUUUCCGUGACAAUAUCCGAUCUUAUAACAGUGCUGUUUCCUUUGCAUCAAUGGGAGCAAAAAUUGUUAGUUUACAAGGAAAAGGCCCUUACGUGUUCAAAGUACACGGCCAGACAUAUCAUCGCACUUCCCACCUACAGCCUGUUAAUAAUCAUACACCCCAAUUCGCACAACUAUACGUUAUGGACAGCACACAAGCAGCCAACUUUCGGGAGGAACAUGUCGCCAAUGAUGACUGUCGGCCCAACAUCAUGGACACCAUUGACCGUUUUUUUCGCACACACAAUCGCCUUGCUCAUAGCUAUCAGCUUAUUCGGAACAUUCAUAAACAACAAGUCCAACUUGCUGCUGAAACAGGACAACAGGUUCCAGUCGUUAGCAUGGCCCUCAGACGGGAUCGCCACUCGGAUUACAGACGAUACAACAAACCCACAUCCAACGAAGUUGCAAUGAUCUUUGUCAACGAAGAUGGAGAACCACCAUUCCAUUGCGACAUCAGAAUAUAUACAAUAAAUCCUGAUGAUCCAAACCAACCAUUUAUUAACCUUAACAUUCUAAGCCCAAACAUGGAUCCUAUGACAUAUGCUCUUCUUUUCCCUUAUGGCGAACCUGGCUGGCAACCUAAUUGGCACUGUGCUUCUUAUAAUGGAGCACAACUCAAUCCAAAACGCACCUAUGUUACCAUGUUGCAGUACAAAGCCGCCUUAACAGCCAAUAGAGAUGAAUUCAGCCCCAUAAUGUAUGCAGGAAAAUUAACACAACAGUGGUUAGUCGAUUCCUAUCUGCAGGUAGAGGCUAAUCGAUUAAACUACAUUCGACACAAUCAAAAACGCUUAAGAGCAGAACAGUAUCAGGGACUAGCUGACCACGUUGCAAACAUGGCAGACCAUAAUCACAUUGCCGCUGGGGUUCCCAUCAUUCUACCAUCUACCUUUGAAGGUUCACCAAGACAUAUGCGCGAACGUUGCUGUGACGCCAUGUCCAUUUUUGCAAAAUGGGGAGCUCCAGAUGUUUUUGUUACUUUCACCGCUAAUCCAACUUGGCCCGAAAUAAUUGACAACUUAAGGCCAGGCGAACACACUUCAGAUAGACCUGACUUAGUUGCACGCGUGUUCAAAAUUAAACUCGAUGCACUCAUUGAUGACCUAACCAAACAUAGCCUUUUUGGACAGGCACAAGACUUUGUCUAUACCAUUGAGUUUCAGAAAAGAGGCCUUCCACACGCUCACAUACUGCUUGCACUGAGAGCAGAGGACAAAUUUACCACUGCUGAAAAAAUUGAUAAAAUUGUUUCUGCAGAAAUACCCCAUGUGGGACAUCUACUUUUGCGGCAAAUCAUAACCCGCUGUAUGCUACAUGGUCCAUGCGGCACAAACUAUCCACGCGCACCCUGUAUGCAAAAUGGCAAAUGUACCAAGCAAUUCCCAAAAGAAUUUAAUGACAACACCCUCAUACACCGUAAUACAUAUCCUGUAUACCGACGUCGCCCUACAGAAACAGUAGAGGUUCGAGGCGUACUUAUGUCCAAUCAAAAUGUGGUACCAUACAAUCCAUACUUAGCCCUAAAGUACAACGCACACAUAAACGUGGAAGUGUGCACUUCACUGUACGCUAUCAAGUACAUCUACAAGUACAUUUUUAAGGGCUUUGAUUGUGCAAAUGUGGUCAUAACACCAAAUGGUCAACCAGAGCAACAAUACAAUGAAAUACAAAAUUUCAUUGACUGCCGCUAUGUAAGCCCUCCAGAAGCUAUUUGGAGAUUAAGAGAAUAUGUAAUGCACGAUCGCUCACACGCUGUAAUAAGACUUCCCGUACAUCUACCUCACCAGCAAACAAUCAUCUUUGAACAAGGUCAUGAGGAAGAAGCCCUCCUUGCAGCCCGAACAGGCAGAACAAAACUAGAAUCUUGGUUUGCACUAAAUGAACAUGAUCCACAUGCACACCAAUGGCUGUACACAGAAAUUCCACAUUACUACGUUUAUACACGUGGUAAUUGGGAAAAAAGACAACGAGGAGGUGAUAACAUUGUUGCCAGAAUGUACACUGUCAAUGUGAAAAAUGAAGAACGCUUCUACCUACGCAUUUUACUUCUACAUGUUCCCGGUGCAAUCAGUUUCCAGGCAUUGCGCACAGUCAAUAAUGUUGUCUGUGAAACCUUUAAAGCAGCAGCUUUUGCACAAGGACUACUUGCAUCCGAUGACGAAUGGCAUCACUGUUUAACCGAUGGAGCCACUUACCUUAUGGCUAAACAGUUAAGGGAAAUGUUCGCAUACAUCUGCUGCUUUUGUCAGCCUGCUCAACCACUCAAAUUGUGGGAAAAUCACAUAAUUGAUCUGACUGUUGACUUAAUGCAACACAAUUCUGAAAACAUUGCCCAAAACAACGCACUAUAUGACAUCAACACAAUCCUUCAACAACAUGGAUUAUCCUGUUCUGUGCUUGGCUUGCCAACUCCUACGGGAAAUGCACCAGCACAACAAAAAUAUAAUCUCAUUGAGGAAGCACACGAAGCAAAGAAACUCAUAGCAAUGCUCAACAACCAGCAGUUACAUGCAUUCAACACAAUUAUCAUAGCAGCGGAUAACAGCCAUGUUACCAACCAUUGUUUUUAAUUGGAUGGGCCCGGGGGCUCAGGUAAAACAUUCCUGUACACCACACUCAUAGCAUACAUACGAGGAAAGGGACAAAUUGUAUUGCCAUUUGCAACCACUGGCAUUGCAGCUACCUUACUCAAAGGAGGACGCACUGUUCACAGUGGCUUUAAACUUCCUGUCCCACUUCUUGAUACCUCUGUUUCUUCACUACGUCUAACUUCACCAGAAGCUGAUGUAUUACGUAAAUCAACCCUCAUCAUAAUUGACGAAAUUACUAUGCUUCCAAAACAUGGACUACGCUGUAUUGACACACUCCUGCGUGACAUCAUGAACAUCAACACACCAUUUGGAAACAAAAUCAUCGUUUUGGGCGGAGAUUUUCGACAAACACUUCCUGUUGUUGCCCGAGGAACCCAAACCGAUAUUCUAGAAUGCUGCAUUAAAGCAAGUCACCUGUGGAAACAUUUCACUCAUCUCACUCUUACUACCAACAUGCGCACCGAAGGACAAGUUGAACACAAUAAAUGGCUUCUACAAGUUGGUAUGGGAACUCUGCCACCAAUAUCCAAUUUCACCGACAAUACCACCAUUCUAAUACCACAACAUAUGGUCACAACAGACGAUCUAAUAGAAACCAUUUUUAAAAAUGCAAGCCAGAUGUCGGAGGAGGACCUAGCAAAACGAGUCAUUAUUGCACCCACAAACGCUCACACUCUCGACAUUAACCGCAAGAUUAUUGAUUUACUAGGAGAACAUGGCACCAUUUAUUACAGUGCAGAUUCUGUUGUCACUGAAGAUCCAAACGAUACUUUAAACUUACCCAUUGAAUUUCUCCACAGCCAAACACCUUCAGGAAUGCCUCCACAUGUUCUGCUCUUAAAAAAAGGCGUUAUUAUAAUGCUUUUACGCAACCUUAACCCACUGAAGGGAUUAUGUAACGGAACACGCCUAAUUGUCGAAGAACUAGAACAUCACUUCAUAACGUGCAGAAUUCUAUCAGAGUGCAACAGAGGCGACGUUGUAUUUAUUCCACGAAUUGAUUUAGCUGCCAAUGAUACAACAUUACCAUUUAUCCUACACCGUAGGCAGUUUCCCGUCAUUCCCGCAUACGCAAUCACCAUAAAGAAAUCUCAAGGACAAACUUUUGAUCACGUUGGCAUUCUUCUUCAAACAACAGUUUUCUCACAUGGACAACUGUAUGUUGCAUUAUCACGCUCUCGCAACCAACAUCACGUCAAACUACACAUUACACCAACAGACCAACAAGGACAGCUCCUGGGUGACGACCGUCACUUUACCAAAAAUGUUGUUUUCAAUCAAGUGUUUCAAAUGUAA